AUAAAAUCGGGACGACAGCCAACAAGGCGACAAGCAAUUAUAGAAUUGGAUUGGAUCGAGAAGUUCGAGGAGGCUCGCGACGCCGGUUUCGUUUUAUUUUAGCUUAGCUUUCGAAGGCAUCCGGUUGUGCAUUCUCAUCGCGGAUCAUCGCCACGAUUACACGUUGAAGGGCCGACCAGGAGAUAAUUGAUAAGAAGAAGAAGCGCGAAUCGUCAUCAUGGAGGCGAUUAAGAAGAAGAUUGCGGCGUUGAAGCAGGAGAUGGACGCCGCGAACGAGAAGGUUGAAGCGAAUGAAACUAAACAGAAAUUGGAGAACAUGCGAGCGGAUACAUUAAACGACGAGGUAAGGGAUCUGCAGAAGAAACUGGCUCAGUUAGAGCGAGAUUACGAAGUCGCCAAGGCUAAUUUAGAUCGAUCCACGGCCGAUUUGGAGCAAUGCGAAAAAUCUUGGUCCAGGGCAGAACAAGAUCGAACAACGUUGACAAAAAGAGUGCAAGAAAUCGAGGCGUCGCUUACGAAGAAGGAGGAGCUGCGUCUCACUGCUCAGACGAAGCUUGGACGUGCCUCAGAGCUUGCGGAUGAUGCGCGAAGAAUGUGCAAAGUGUUGGAAGACAGAAGUCGUCUGGACGAGGAGCGUACGGAGAAGUUGAUGCAGGAAUUAAAGGACGCUAGAUUAAUAGCGGAAGACGCGGAUGCAAAGUCUGAGGAGAUCUCGAAGAAGUUGCAGCUCGUCGAAGAGGAAUUGGAGGGCGCCGAGGAGAGGGUGAAAACCAGCGAGGCGAAAAUCAUAGAACGAGAGGACGAGCUGUUCAUCGUGCAGAAUAUCGUGAAAUCCUUAGAAGUAUCCGAGGAAAAGGCUAAUCAACGAGUAGAAGACUUUAAACUACAACUGAAGGAGCUGAAGAAGAAAUUGAGGGCGGCCGAGAAGCGCGCCGUUAUGGCUGAGAGGACGGUGAAGAAAUUGUUGAAGGAGGUCGACACGAAGGAAGACGAACUCAGAGAAGAAAAGGAGAAGUACAAGGCGGUCUGCGACGACAUGGACGCGACGUUCGCGGAAAUGACAGGAUAUUAAUACCACUCGAACGGGCCGAGUUCCUUUUUAUUUUUGCCAUUCUGUGCUUCCGCUUAUUCGCUACAUUUAACAACGAACGUUGUUACAUCGGUCGGCUGUGCCUCAGCUACGCUGGCUUCAUUCGUUAUAGUGUAUCGUGGACCAGUUUAUGGGGCUUCAUGAAUAACUUGCUACGCAAAUUCUGCAAUUAACACGAUGAAUAAAGAGCGCACACUGCUAGUUUCCUAAUAAAA